AACACCAGGUGAAGCGGAACCUUCAAAUACUUGACACAAUCUAAUUACUAGCUCCAAUGUACUGUACAUUACAAUCCACAGGCCGGAUUGCUCUCUAAUCUGUUUCCUGCCUUCAGGAAUCAGACAACUGUGCAUUUUCUGGGACAGCUGUGAAGUGUAAUCAGAGACAUUGGAAUUGGGGAUAGAUCAAAGAUAUUCAUUUCAUACAUACAUGUAAACAUAUACAUGUACAUGUAGUUGGCUCACAAACUAUGGCAGAGCUCAGUCUUGUCCAGAUUUAUUGAAUUUAUACUUUUCUUUGUUUUUCUGAUUAACGGUCACCCUAUUUUUACUUUUUGAUCUGUUUCCUGGCAUUUUCAUCAUCAACCUCAAUCAAAAACUUGAAACAAUGUUAUAAUGAUGUGUGAGCGUAUCUUAGGCAGAGGAUCCUUGACCAUUUUUUACCCAUAUUUGAAGCAUUACUGAUGUGCAUUUGGCAGUGAUGUAUCCAGGUUUGAAGUCCACGGAUACAAAAUGAGAAUUUCUGUUGAAAUGACCGUCCCAAUUUUUUGUCUUUUACAUGUAGUUAAAAACAACAAAUCUUCCACUGAAGAAAGAUGCCUUACAUCCUUCUAUUCCUUAAAAAAAAAAUUUUCUAAUGUCAGGUGGGGGGAGGGGCCAAAUCAGGUGCCUCCCCUCCCCUACCACUAUGCCCAACACAAUAAAAAACCCUGGAUGUUGUUGGCACAACAUACAUGUAGCGGUAUGUACACACAUGUACACAUUUGUUUGUAUACACGCAACGUAGAGUGCACAUGUUAUUUUUAUCUGAAUAUUCACAAACCUUUAACCCACAGGUACUGAGCUCUUAACAGACCAGUGCUCUAAUGUCUGCCAAACCUCUCCUUUUGUCAACACUGCAGGCAUACUUGUGGAUGGAAUUCAAGAACCUUUUCAAAAAUUUACGAGCGCUUUCAGAACCAAUUUACAGGAUGAAAAGGAACGACAAGAAAGAAGAUAAUGAAGAAAUGUUUACAAGUAAUUUACAAAUGGAAGGACAACCCUGGACAACAUUUCAGGCAAACCAACCGAAUCAGAUACCGAGUUCAGUGCGGCCAACUCUCCCAUCCAGACUGAUUGUACUUGCUACCAUUUCUCUCAUGGUCCUCCUGCAGACCUGCAUCCUCAUGAUGUCCAGCACAAAACAGCAGAGCAACUCUCACAAAUCAACCAGUGCUGGAGCAACAGAUCAUGGCUUAUCUAAGUACCCAUUCUUAGACGACCCUCAAGCCAUCAAAUACAUUUCCACACAAAUAAAGGUGAUGUUUUUUCUACAUAUGACAUCAGGCAAGGAGACAUCAGCAUUAGCCAAAGACAUCACCAACACCUACAAGAACUCGGCCAUUUGCUGUUUUUAUAAUUCCAGGGGUUCUAAUGACAGUCCUGCUUUGGGAAAUGUUUAUCAGACAUGUAAAAACCAGAUAGAGGACAGUUGUAAGAAGGGCCUGCAGGUCAUCGUUGUAAAUGGCACAGACAGGGAACACUUAGAGUUACAGGGUUACUUCACCGUAGCGCAUCAAUACAACUAUACUACUGUCGUUGUGCAACCCAAUGCAACAUUGGAUCACUUUGAUGCACAGAGGUCGCCCUCAGAACCCAUCGGAGAUGCCUCCAAGGGGCAGGACCUACCCAAGAUUCUGUACCCUUUUUUCUAUGGGUGGUUUCUCGGCUUUAACAUCUCCGUGGACACCCAAAAUUAUGGGAGGAAGAUCUUCCACGAGUGUCGUCAGCAGCCCAAGUUUGUGGAGAUAUUCAAGAAAUAUGCUCUUCCUGGGUCACCUCGCAAUUCAACUGGUGGCCUGGACUUUGAUCGUUACUUUUCAUUGGAUGGUUUCAUCACUGGUACUACGCUGCUCCACUGCACAUCAUUCUUUAGUAACUACAGUGAGAGAGCUGGUUCUCAGCAAUACGCGACCUCCCCGGCUGUCAGACAAGGGACAGGAGAUGUCUACAAUCUGUUGGUCAUCGGGUUCUUGAUUACACCCCGAACCUUCGGGGCCCGCAUUCGACUCAGCAGUGAGGAAUUGUGCCUCUGGGAGAGCAACAGUACCUCAGGGAAUUUGGCGGCAGUUGGAGCAGCUAGCAAUGCCGACAAAAUCAUGCAACAAAAACAACUCCAGAGGUUUAGCCAAGAGAAAUUAACGUUUGACCUCAUAAUAGACAAUGAGGUUCCAUGUCCCAAGGAUUGGCACCCGACAAAAUUCUCGCCAACAUGUGGGCGGGGGAGUCGGGCUCAUCUAACUCUAGGGACGGGGAAGGACAUCGAAGCACAGCAGACGGGCUCAGACCUGAAUAUGAUCAUCCUGAAGGAGCUGGAAGCAGUUGCUAAGAAAGAGGAUAUCUUGACUCUCCGUCUGGAAAGUGGAACAGUCCGUUGCUAUGGAGAAGGCAACUGGGCUGUGUAUCUAGACAAGCCAUUCGAAAUUGGUGCCUUGUUUACUGGAUGGUACUAAAUACAAAAAGUGCAUAAGUGUAAAGGCCACAGGGUUGCUUGAGUAACUUCUACAUGUAUAUGUAACUUGCACUGGUAACAAGUCAUAGAUAUAAGUCAAAUCAAGUCACAAGUCAAAGCUGAUAGUUGCAGAAGCGAAACACAAAAAUAGCAACUGGAGUCCAACUUGAGUCCAAGUCACAUGCAGUGACGCCUUGCAGAAAUGCUUUGCUUAACACAUUUCAGCUGAAGUAUGAACUUGCUGCUGUCGCUGGUCGACUUGAAGAUUGGAAUCAAAUUUACAAGGGUCCCAUGGCUUGGACAAAAUGGAAAGGACGUGGAAUUUUAUUUUCUGUUUCCAGGCCUGGAAAAGUCGUGGAAACGUACUAAAAAAAAACAACAGAUGCUAUGGAACAGUCACAGAAUUUUGUGAGGACCAAAUCAUUUUGAAUUUAAAACAUGAUAUACGUGUACGUUCAAUGGGAAGCUAAUUUUUGUGUUUGACAAAAUGCAACAAAUGUUGACUUUUUACACAAACUUUACAGUUGAGCUAGGUCAUGGAUAUUUUAUGUGGUCCUUGAAGGGUCAUGAAUUAGUCAUAGGUACAAAUAUCCUAAAGAUGGAGUAACACCCUGGUUUGGUUCUGCAGUUUGUCUAAACUUUGGGAUUUAGUUUAGCAGCAAUUUCAAGCGUAACAGGAACCAUUAUUGUAUAAAACAUGCUCCCACACUAGUUAAUUAAUUGUGGGUAAAUAUGGACCAAUUGUAUAUUGUUCUACAUUGGAUUGCAAGUAUUCUGCACCAUUUUCCUCUUCAAUUUUUGUGUCAUUUUGGAAUAUGCCAAUAUGGCCUUUUUAUCACUUUAUUACUCAUCGGCUACAAGGGAUGUGUAACAGUACAUUACAAAAAAAGUCUUUUUCUAGGUAAAAGUGAUGAGCCAAAGUUUCUAAAGAAAGCUAAUUUAUUUGAGACAUGGUCUCACCCCCCCCCCAUCCAAAAGGGGGGAAAACACAUUUUCUAAAAAUAAGGAGAACCUUAAAGGCAAUUUGGGGGGCUUUUUCACUUCCCUUGCAUCAAGAAGCAUGUAAAAUGCCCCCAAAUAUAGCCUCAUCCCUUAGGAGAACCAUACGGGGUAAAGUAAAUAAGACAUUUGGUUAUGGACCCGCUGGCGGGAGAGGAGCUGAUGGUGCCCAUGUCAUGAUCUUGAGGCAAGACAACUAUUGGUCAGCAUCCGACAUCACUGUUCAUACUCCUUGCCCUUCAGACUUCUGUGAUGAUACAACUUUUCCUUGGACUGGCUGAAUUUUUUUGUUUCCCCGUUCUUCUGACAUGCUAUUACAGAUUAAAAAAUAUUGUACAAAGUCUUGUCCAACUUUGAAUGUCUUCAUUUUCCCCAAAAAAAUUCCAUCUGUAUGGUGCAAUGAUGGCUGGCAAUGUGAAACCACUGGUAAACAGUAAAUUCGUCUUUAAAAAAAAUAUCAUUUUCCAGAUCUCUGUGGCAAGCAACUGUUCAACUAUGAUGUCAUAAAGGUUGAUACAUAGACAGCACAUUUAGAUAAAGACACUGCUGUCAUUCUUCAUAUAUGUGUACAUGUACAUUGUAUCACAUUUACUUAUACCUGAUACAAUAUCUCGGUCCCUUCUUGCUUUUCAAAGUAGCCCACCUACAUGUACAUGUAUCCAGUUGGCCCUUGCUAUAGAGUUACAGACACUGAUCUCUAUACACUGGAUAGGCAGCUCAGCAGUAACUGCCUAUGUGUGAAUUGAAGUGACCGCAUGGCCAUCUUACGAUAUUCAAUACAAUGGCCUCCAACUUCAGUCCAUUCACUAAGUGCAUUGAUGCACAGCGUUACAAGCCUAAUAGCCUCAGAUGAGCACGCAGUUGCUUCAGUUCGCAGAGCAAAGCUGCCUAUCCAGUAUUUAGAGAUCAGCAGUUACAGGUAAUUAGGUCUUAUGUAAAUUUGAAGUGCUGGACUUCUCUUUAUUUGUCUUAAUCAGCCAGUUCCAUCUUUCAGAAUGGCAAGGUUGUUUGAGAACCAAGCAUGUGUAUUGGGUUGGCUGUUGCCAUUGUAAUAGGGCAGACUUUGCACACACGUAAAGCUGUUCCCAAUGGCCAUGGACAUGCUUCAUUUUGGGCAUAUUCUGUUUGAAUACUGCAUUGACAUACUAGGAAAUUCAAUCGUACAUUUUCUAUGUCUGACGGAAGUGGUAGCAAAGGUUAGACAAGUUGGCAUGUACUGUGUAAGAUAAUUUUCCACUGGAGGUGGAAAAUUGAGAAACUGAUCAGAAAAACAAAUACAUGUAGAUAUAUUUAGCGGCUGCAUGUUUUACCAUAAAAUUUUACUGCAAAUUGUUUUCAGCAAUUAACCAUCCUUUUGACAAAGAUUUUUUUUCCUAUUAUGACAAUGAUACAGUUCUUUCAGUUGCCAUUAGCAUAAGAAUCUCCGAGGCCAAUGAAAAUUUGGAAUGCUUAUUGUGUGUGGCACCUGUUUUCAACUGUCACCUUGCCUACACUUUAUGCAAAAGGUUGCUUGCUGUAUAAUUUAUUUCCAUAAUAAGGACGAUUAAUUUAUAAAAUUAUGAAUGCACUAAAAGAAUGACUUUGAAAUUAACUUCAUGGAACAUGUGUUUGUACAUGAAGAAAUUUGAUAAGAAAAUCACUAGUAUUUAAUAAUACUCCGUUGACCAAUAUUAUUCACAAUUUUAGUCUGAAUUGCUGAGACCAAAGUACGUGUAGCUAUUGGUAACUCAUACAGUCAAUGAAAAAGAAUUAUGAUGUCCUGAAUUUAUUGCCUAAAGACACAUAAUAUUUUUGUGUAACAAACAGUAAAUUAAGUUGGUCUGCAAUUUAUAAACAGUAAAUUAAGUUGGUCUGCAAUACUUGCUUGUGUUUAAAGCACACGUUUAUGUAAAUGCAAUUUCAUUUAGAGAGGUACUGUGAAUUCAGUUUUAUCAACAAGUAGGUAUUUUGGUUGAGACACAAGUCUGUAUAUGACAUGCAUACUGAGGUUUAUGAUCAAGAGUAGCCUGGUGCCAGUGGUGCAUUGACUUACGACACGACGGUGUUAAAUCUGACUACAAGGAACAUGACCAAAAUCAUUGAGAUGUUUCAAUCUUCAAUUGGGUUUUUCUAACUGGUAUUAUAUUCGUAUUACGCAGGAAGUGCUGCAAAUAUGUGAGUGCUCGCCAAAGUAGAAGGCAAUCCUGACAUUCAGGAUACCUCCCCUAAAACUGGCCUGUCUUCAACUGACAAAAAUAGUGAGAAUUCAGGGUUUUUUGUGUUAUCAUUGUCUUCCACACAAGAAUGAUUAGAACAGUAUCAAUGUAAGAAAUGAAUGCUACCUAGGCUGCAACGAUUGGUCUUGAACUUCAAAAAAAGCUGCAAGAAGUU